AGUUGCUGUUACCAUCAAAGGAAGCUCCUCUCUCUCUCUUUCUUUCUUUCUCUGUGUCUUUCCCUAACACUCCCCCCAAAACCCUUCCUUCCAUCUGGGAGACAAAGAUCCCUUUGCCUGAGGAAGGGGGGAGGUGUUGUUAGAGAGGGCUUUUUGUUUAAUUGUGUUUGAGUGAGAGAGAGAAAGAGCCGGCUUCUUGUCUCUCUCCCUCCCUCCUUCUCCCCCCCACCCCCCCUCUCCAAUCUCGGUGGUGGCUCUCAGCUGCCCCCUUUCUCUUGUUGCCUGGACCGAGGGCUGGAGGCUGCCUCCUGGUCUAUGUGAGGGUGGCCAGAUCUCCGGCUCCCGCUGGAUUCUCGCGUCUGGAGCUGCGACUCGAUCCCAGAGAGAGAGGGCUUGGCGAAUUACCUCUAGGAGAAGUUGAAGCGUAAAACGACCCUUUGUAUCCAACCAACGUCCGCAUCAUCCAUCUUGGUCCUGAUGAUCCAUCAUUUCAGAAACAAUAUACUUUGCAAAAGAAAACCAAGGGACUAACAUGCACCUUGCUGAGGAUCUGAUGUUACCCACCUAGGAAGAGAGCCACGACCUGACUCCCGACAUUCCCCAGGAUGCUGGGAAUCUGCAGAGGGCGCAGGAAGUUCCUCGCAGCCACCCUGACUGUUCUCUUCGUGCCAGCAUUUACCUGGAUUUACCUCUUCUCGGGGACGUUUAAAGAUGAGAAGCCGGUUUCGUUGUCUCCCUAUGAAGCCCCGGCAAACAGCCCACGGUACGUGUUCAACCAGAGAGAGCGGGAAUCCCUGGAAGUGCGGAUGCGAGAGGUAGAAGAGGAAAACCAGGCCCUUCGAAAGCAGCUCAGCCUGGCCCAGAGCCGGGUCCAUCACCAUAGGAACCAUUCCAAGAGCUAUUCCACAGAGGAAGGCACAGGAGACAACGAGGUGGUGCAUGCAUUGGCGUGGAAUAGUUCAGAAUGUGGCAAAAGACCCACUGUGGAAAAGUGUGAGACAAUCCACAUUGCCAUUGUGUGUGCAGGAUACAAUGCAAGCCGCGAUGUUGUGACACUUGUAAAAUCCGUUCUGUUUCACCGGAGAAAUCCUUUGCACUUCCAUUUCAUCACCGAUGCCAUUGCUAAGCAAAUCCUGGGCUAUCUCUUUGAGACGUGGAUGGUUCCUGCAGUGACAGUCAACUUUUAUGAUGCUGAUGAAUUGAAGCCAGAGGUAUCAUGGAUUCCAAACAAGCAUUACUCAGGGAUAUACGGCCUAAUGAAACUGGUUCUCACCAAGACUCUGCCUGCUUCCUUGGAACGGGUCAUUGUCCUUGAUACAGAUAUCACCUUUGCGACAGACAUUGCCGAGCUUUGGGCUGUGCUCCACAAGUUCAAAGGUCAGCAAGUUCUUGGACUGGUCGAGAACCAGAGUGAUUGGUACCUUGGGAACUUGUGGAAGAAUCACAGACCUUGGCCAGCGCUCAGUCGAGGAUACAACACUGGCGUGAUUUUGUUGCUGCUGGACAAAUUGCGGAAAAUGAAAUGGGAACAGAUGUGGCGUUUGACUGCAGAGCGGGAGCUGAUGAACAUGUUGUCCACUUCGCUGGCUGACCAGGAUAUCUUUAAUGCCGUCAUUAAGCAGAAUCCUAUCCUAGUGUACCAGCUUCCGUGUUUCUGGAAUGUUCAGCUGUCAGAUCACACGCGCUCCGAGCAGUGCUACAAGGAUGUGUCAGACCUCAAGGUGAUCCACUGGAAUUCUCCCAAAAAGCUGCGAGUGAAGAACAAGCACGUGGAGUUUUUCCGGAACCUGUAUCUGACGUUUCUGGAAUAUGAUGGGAACCUCCUGCGUCGGGAGCUGUUUGGCUGUCCCAGUGAGGUAGACAAGAACAGUCAAAAUCUUCAGAAGCAGUUGUUGGAACUGGAUGAGGAUGACCCCUGCUAUGAAUUCCGAAGGGAACGAUUCACUGUCCAUCGCACUCAUCUCUAUUUCUUGCACUACGAGUUUGAGCUUUCUGCUGAGAACACUGAGGUUACUCUGGUGGCUCAGCUCUCAAUGGACAGGCUGCAGAUGUUGGAGGCUAUCUGCAAGCAUUGGGAGGGGCCUAUUAGUCUUGCGCUGUACCUGUCCGAUGCUGAGGCCCAACAAUUCCUCCGCUACGCCCAAGGUUCAGAGGUCCUGAUGAGCAGGAGCAACGUUGGGUACCACAUCGUCUACAAGGAAGGACAAUUCUAUCCUGUCAACCUGUUGCGGAACAUCGCCAUGAAACACGUUAACACACCCUACAUGUUCCUGUCCGAUAUUGACUUCCUCCCUAUGUACGGUCUCUAUGAGUACCUGAGAAAGUCAGUUCUGCAGCUGGACAUGGCCAACACUAAGAAGGCUCUGAUAGUGCCGGCAUUUGAGACUCUCCGCUAUCGUCUGUCCUUCCCGAAAUCGAAGGCGGAGUUAUUGUCCAUGUUAGACAUGGGAACACUCUUCACUUUUAGGUAUCAUGUUUGGACCAAGGGUCACGCUCCGACGAACUUUGCCAAAUGGCGGACAGCCACUACCCCCUAUCACGUCAAUUGGGAGGUGGACUUUGAGCCUUAUGUUGUAGUAAGGCGCGACUGCCCGGAGUACGACAGGAGAUUUGUCGGGUUUGGCUGGAAUAAAGUAGCACAUGUCAUGGAGCUGGACGCACAGGAAUAUGAGUUUAUCGUCCUCCCCAACGCCUACAUGAUCCACAUGCCUCACGCCCCCAGCUUUGACAUCACCAAAUUCCGCUCCAACAAGCAAUAUCGGAUUUGCCUGAAGACGCUGAAGGAGGAGUUUCAGCAGGACAUGUCUCGCCGCUACGGGUUUGCAGCUCUCAAAUACCUGACUGCUGAAAACAACAGCUGAGACCCUCAGGCUGUCCUCAGCCGACUCCACGUGAACACUCAGCCACCGCCGCGAGGAGUGAAAUGGGGUGGGGGUGCUGUGUACAGCGUGUCGUGCAAAAACCGAAACCAAAAUUCACGUGCGUACCCGCCAACGGUCUGUCAGGAUUUGGGUGGAAGAGUUGUGCUUACAAGAGCUUACUUUGGGUCCUCCUAGGCGCUGUUAAAGUAUCCCUGUCAUUCGCUAUUUAAAGGCCUCCAUGCUGGUCCACACCCCCCCCAACUCCCCCACCUUAUUGUCUUGCCCUUGAGGGAGGUCCCUAUUGGCCAUCGAGCCUUUUCCAAAUGGAAGGGCAGGAUUGUUCAGUGCCCCACAACGUUGCUCCCUGAUUAUUCAGAGGGUCUCCACCCUUUUGAGUGCAAGCCUUCAAGAGCUCAACACUGUCACUUACGAACAGGAAUAUUAACAAGAACAGGAGGGGACACAGCAGAGAGCCCUGGGAACAGCAGUGCCUUUCCUGCGUUGGUGUGACUUAGCAACCAGCCUCGCCAGGCUACUCCAUGUUGGUUUCCCAUGACGGUCUUUUGUCAAGGUUAGGGCACUCCGCCACUAUUCCACGACGCCCCAGCUGCCCGCGGCAAAUUCACGGGUCGAGCCCAGGCUUCCCUGCUCCUAAAAGAAAGGUCAACCCCUUUCCCAAGGCAGUGAGCAGUCCAAAUCUUGUUCUGUCCAAAAUGUCCGUGCAUCCGUUAAGGUGGUCCAGAGAUUAGCGAAAUACUGGAGCUCUGAGGUGCAAACAGAAAAGGCUGAAAAAUGUUGGGCUGGUGGCAUCUGGGGAGGAAGAAGCAGAGUUAAAUCUUUCAGAGUGAGGUCCCUAGGGGAGGAUCAUGUUGUGGAGGGUGGGGUACAUCAAUGGUGAGAGGAAGCCAUACUACAAAGGUCAGACACUGGUCAUUGGAGUUUGAAUAACUCAAGGAAGCGGCCGGAGUCGCUUGGGUUGGGAUGAGAGUUUGAGCUGAUUCCAAUAACCAGAGUUGGUUUUGAGAAUUCAAGCAUAAAUUUAACACAGCCACGAAGUGUGUGUUGACUUCUGUGAAAGGAAACAAAGCAGAUCCUCCCUGAGAAUAACACCUAAAUCGAAAAUCCCAUCCAAAGAAAGGGUUGCCCUUGUACCAGAGUCACUGGGGGGUGAGAGACAUUGUUGAGUUCGCUGGGGGUCAACUGGAAUCAAAUGAAUUGGCGGGCUUUUUUUGUGAGGUUAAAGCCAAAAUAUUUCUCCAUUUGCUGGGACAUGGUCAGGGUGGGGUCAGCUGUCAAACCGAAACCGUGGAAGAUGCAGAGCUCUGCUUGACGUUCGAGUCAAGGCUGAGCCGAGGAUUGGAAAAAUGAAGAGCUGCACAAUGUUUUGGAUUUUUAAAAAUGACAAAUUCCGUGAAAUCUCCCCAGAGUAUGAACUUUCCACCAUCUCUUCCACUGACAUGCUGGGAUCAUUUCAUUGAGACUAGGCCAUAAUUAGGAUGGAUCUCUGGAGGUGGAUCGAGAUCAGCCAGUGGGAAGGGUUGCUAGUAAUAGGGGUGAUUGAUUUGGAACAUUACGAUAAUGUAAGCAGCCCAUGGGAUGUAGCUACGUAAAGAUAGUAAGAUCGGUAUUCAAGGGAAUAAGGUUGAACCACCACCUUCGUCCAAAUCUAUCUCGUGACUCGCUGCAAGAACUCCACUCUAACUGAGGGAGCAUUUUAUAAUAAUGUAAACUGCGUAUGAUGUAUUAAGGAAAGAAUUAAUUCAGUAACCUACCAGGCCAACUCUCAGUCCCACGUGCCAGUGACACUCUGCGCAGUUUUCAAUGUGACCUUUCCCCCGGCAACUGACACUUGCAUCACAAUAGAUUUCCGUUGAAGCCAUCCUGUUUAAAAAAGACGGUCAAAAUUUUAGUUUCCAUGUGCUCUUACUUGAAACCUUGUCAUACUUUGGAAACUGCUGAGGCACGUCAGAUGAUGUGGAGUUUGUCAUGAGGUCCUUGCCCUGUCCAACGAUGGAUAAAUAUUCUUGAAGACGACCAGUAUGACAAAAAGAGAAAUCAAUCCUUUUUUGGUGUCUCUCAAAGUAAUGUGACUCUUUUUUCAAAUAGAAAAAGUAAUUGCACCCUUCUGUAAGUUUAUUUUGUCCUCAGGGAGAGUGUGAUGGAAGAACUGUAGUCUAAUUGUUAGGGAAUAUAAGCCUCAGGUUGCUUUGAGCAGAGCACAGUAUUGUAAUAGACUGGACAAUCACAGGACUGAGGACUAUUUAGAGCACCAAUGGAGCUUGAGAAAUAAAUACUGGAACCCAAUCGGACAUGGUGGAGGAUCCUUGAACCCUUGAGAAUCCAAUUGGAGGGUAUGAUGUACUGUUCAAAUGAUUCAACUGUUAGGUUGUUAAUGUUACUCAACCCCAUUGCGCCGCUGUCAGACUCUGAAAUCCCGUGAGCUGACUGCAGGUUUAUUUAGGAAGAGGAUUCUUUGGCCUGGUUAAUAAUACGCUGUUGGUCAUCUUCAAUUAUUCGGAGUGUGACUGUCAUCGUUGGGAUUUGGACAAUAGUUUUCAUCACAGAGCUAUUGAACUGUAAACCUGGAAAUUAUGUGGAGCAGUAAGAGUGCUGGACCUGUUGGAGCAUUUGGAAUGCCACUGGGCUGUUGAUCGAACUAUUGGAGUUGAACUGGGAGCACUAAUGGGGGGUUUUGAACAGCUCAACGUAUGACAAGAAAACUGAAACCUUUGGAAAACAAUUGGAGGAUGGUGUUGCAAAUUAUAAAUAUUGGAGGAGAGUUAGUCAGCAGGCAGUGCCAUUGGAGAAUAGUCAAAGGCAACGAGGAGUACCAUUGGAAGAGGGUCAGACAGCACUAUGCUCCAUUGAUGAACAGUCAGACAACUAUGUGCUCCAUUGGAAGAUAGUCAGCUAGUAUUACUCUGAAGGAUAGUUAGGGAAGGCCUUGCACCAUUGGAGGAGGGUCAGCCAGCGAGAAGCACCAGUGAAGCAAAAACAGAAAUUGAACAGAAGCAGAGCAUUCUGAGAAAGGGUUACUGGUCCCAAAACAUUAACUCUGACCUUCAGAGCUUUUCCUUCAAUUUCUGUUUCUGUUUCUGAUUUCCAACAUCUGCAGUUGUUUUAGUUUUUAUUUGAAGAACAACAGGACAGCUGGAACACCACUGGAGGAGGAUCAGACAGCUAGGAGAACCAUUGGUGGACGGAUAAGCAGCACAAUGCCUCAUUGAGGGAUAGUGGGAGAGCAAGGUGCCCCAUUGGUUGAUAGUCGGACAGCAAGGUGCCCCAUUGGUAGAUAGUCAGACAAAAAAGUACCCCAUUGGAGGACAGUCAGACAGCUUAAUACCCCACUGGGGGACAAGCAGCUGAUAUUACUUUGGAGGAUAGUCAGAGAAGGCCUUGCUCCAUCGGAGAAGCUCAGACAAUGAGGAGUACCAUUAGAGGAGGACCAGACAACUAGGAGCACCAUUGGUGGACAGUCAGACAGCACAGUGCCCCAUUAGAGGACGGUUGGACAGCUAGGAGCACCAUUGGAGGACAGCCAAAGGCCUGCAGGAUUGGUGAGCUGUUUCUAAUCAUUGUACAACAAAUUUCACUCUUCACCACAAUGGGCAGGAUGACUGUUGAGAAAAAUGGUCAAUCAGCACAAGGCAGAUCUGUCUUCUGACUUUGGCAUUGUGCAAGUGACAGAA